CCCAUUAAAGGGAGAAACCAUCAACCCAGGCCAGGCGGGCAGAGAAGGGGUGGGGAAGAGGAGGGGAAAGAAAUGAAUCAAUAAUUUAAAAAAAAGAGAGAAAGAAAGAAAGAAAGAAAGAACCCAACAGCAACCCAAGAAUUUAAACCAGGCUCAGCCUCUUCAAGGAAAGUUAAUCAAUAAACUAAUUAACUGCUUUGCAAGCGCUCUAAUUAAUAGAUCAAAAGUAUUAGUGCCAGGGAUCUGGGACUGCAAACAGCUCAGCCUACCCUCCCACAACAAAGGAGCCUGCGAACUCUUUGCAUUUGGGAUUUAUUUCUCAUCCAGCUUCUCAUUUUAUUUUAUUUUUUUCUCUCCCCGGUUCUCUAUCGUCGUGUCUAUUUUUUUGUGCCCCCGAAAAUUAUUGAUCUAUAUUCUGGAUUGUGUGUGUGUGUUUUGUUUUCAGGACGGCCGCAAAGCAGGGAACGAAAGGAUUUGCCCAAUCGUGAUCAUCGUGCCGAUAAAAAAAAUUGGGGGAAAUCAUUCUCUCGGCUGGGGGAAAAAAAGAAAAAAGGCUUGGAGCAAAGCCGGCCACCCCUUUCCUUUGUUUGUUUCACCACUGGAAAGUCUCGGGCUGGAGUUACGCUUUGGAUCCUACCUUCCCCUCUCCGUCGCGGCACAAUACGGGAUUUGAGGCUUUCCCCAAAUUCUUGGACCAAUGAAGGAACCCGAUGCCAUUAAACUUUUCAUCGGACAGAUCCCCCGUAACCUGGAAGAGAAGGACCUCAAGCCCAUUUUCGAGCAAUUUGGGAAAAUCUAUGAGCUGACAGUGAUUAAGGAUAAAUACACGGGCAUGCACAAAGGAUGCGCAUUUCUGACCUACUGCGCCCGCGAGUCAGCCCUCAAGGCACAGAGCGCGCUGCAUGAGCAGAAAACCCUACCGGGGAUGAACCGGCCCAUCCAGGUGAAGCCGGCAGACAGCGAGAGCCGAGGAGAAGACCGGAAGCUGUUUGUGGGCAUGCUGGGCAAGCAGCAGACGGACGAGGAUGUGCGGAAGAUGUUCGAGCCCUUCGGCAGCAUCGACGAGUGCACGGUGCUGCGUGGGCCUGAUGGCACCAGCAAGGGCUGCGCCUUCGUCAAGUUCCAGACGCACGCGGAGGCCCAGGCCGCCAUCAACGCGCUGCAUGGGAGCCGGACGCUGCCGGGCGCCUCCUCCAGCCUGGUGGUGAAGUUCGCCGACACGGAGAAGGAGCGAGGGCUGCGCCGCAUGCAGCAGGUGGCUAACCAGCUGGGCAUGUUCAGUCCCAUUGCCCUCCAGUUCGGGGCCUACAGCGCCUACACCCAAGCACUGAUGCAGCAGCAGGCCGCGCUGGUCGCUGCCCACUCCGCCUACCUCAGCCCCAUGGCCACCAUGGCAGCCGUGCAGAUGCAGCAGAUGGCCGCCAUCAACCCCAGCGCCCUCAUCGCCACGCCCAUCACCCCCAUCACCCCCUCCUCAGGUACCAGCACGCCGCCCACCAUCGCUGCCACACCGGUCUCGGCCAUCCCGGCCACGCUGGGCGUCAAUGGCUACAGCCCGGUGCCCACGCAGCCUGCAGGGCAGCCCGCCUCCGAUGCCCUUUACACCAACGGUGUCCACCCCUACCCAGCACAGAGCCCGGCCGCCCCCGUGGACCCCCUGCAGCAGGCCUAUGCUGGGAUGCAGCACUACACAGCCGCCUACCCUGCCGCCUAUGGGCUGGUGAGCCCAGCCUUCCCGCAGCAGCCAGCCAUCAUCGCCCAGCCACCCCCGCAGCAGCAGCAGCAGCGGGAAGGCCCCGAGGGCUGUAACAUCUUCAUCUACCACCUGCCCCAGGAGUUCACGGACGCCGAGAUCCUGCAGAUGUUCCUGCCCUUCGGCAAUGUCAUCUCCGCCAAGGUCUUCGUGGACCGUGCCACCAACCAGAGCAAGUGCUUCGGGUUCGUUAGCUUCGACAAUCCGGCCAGCGCCCAGGCCGCCAUCCAGGCCAUGAACGGCUUCCAGAUCGGCAUGAAGCGCCUCAAGGUGCAGCUCAAGCGGCCCAAGGACGCCAACCGGCCCUACUGAGCCAGGUCCGGAGCCCGGUGGAGGAGGGGACCCCCCAGCCCUGCCCCCCGGCACUGCCCCUACAGCUCCAGCCUGGGGGACAUGGGGAGGCGUGGCCCAGCCUGACCACCCCCAGCUGCUGGGGGCUUUGACUCCCCGCAGCCCCAUGCCCUGAUGCUAGCCAGGCAGAGACUGUGGGGGGACAAAGGGGUGGAGGGGAAGGGAUCUUGGCCCUGCUUUGCAUCCUCCCAGCUAUGGGGCAGGUGGGGGGUGGGAUGACUCCAGCCCUGCACCCCACCCUCCCCCGCGCAAGCCUGGGCCCAGGCAGCACAGCCCCGCCUCGGAGCCGCCUUCUCAGCAAACAGGACCAAACCUGGCUCCGAGCCCCGGGGCCCUUUGCGAGGGUGGGGAGCAGGGGGAAACUGAGCGCCAGGGGCAGCAAGGAGGCCGAAGCGGCCUGCAUCUGCCCCUGGUGCCAGCUCAGUGCUCACGGUGGGGGCUCACUGUGGCUCUGCCCCCCAUGCCCAGCUCACCACCAACACCCCCAUCCUGCUGCUCCAGGCUGAAGCCUCCCCAGCCCCUUGCCCCCACUGACAAACCGCUGCCCCCGUCAGCUCGGCACCCUCAGCCUGGCGUGGGGGCACGACCUGUGGUGCUAGCCGCCACGCCUCUGCCCCCCUCCCCGGGUCCCUGGGGCACCCAUGUGCCAGCAUCGGGGUGCCCAGCUGGAGACACCGCCACCUGCGCCAGCUGCCCCUGGCCCUGCCUGGCAAGCACUGGGGCAGCUGGCACCGCACAGCCGUGCCACGGCUCAGCUGUACCAGAAGCUGCACGUGCUGGAGCCGCCGAGCGCUGCAGUCAUGUGGGGGGGCUGUGGCCAUCGGGGCCCAGACUAAGCCACGGCCCCUCCCUUGGAGCAGACACAAGCCGCUGGCCCCCCCUGUCCCUCCCAGCCUGGGGGAGAUGCAGAGCAGCCUCCACCCCGCCCCCGCCACCCCCUCCAUGCGGCUGCUGUGCCCCCUGCCCCGCGCAGCCACCGAUGUUUACAGUCUCCGCAGCCCCCCAUGUACAUAGUGCCCUUGCGAGUAGCUGCCCCAGGCCCGGAUGCUGCCUCCCACUUCCGGCAUUGGAGGUCUCGGGAGGUGGAGGGGGCACUGAGACCCCAGCGUCAGGAGGGGAGGGGGCUCGGAGCCACCCCCCCCGCGGCGCCGGUGUCUGCUGCGGCCGCGUAACUUAUUGGUUAUUUAUUGCGUUUGACUUUUAAUAAUUUAAUUUAAGGUUUUUUUUCUUCUUCUGUCUAAAUAAAAAAAAAAAAAAAAGAGGGUUAAAAAGCAGAGAGAGGCUGUGGCCGCUGGGGGAAGGGGCUGGGGGUCCUGGCACUGCAUGGACAAAGCUGGGAUCGGGGCCUUGGUGCUGGGUGGCCCCGAAGUCCCCAGGAUUAGGGCUGACACCAUAGUGAGUGCCAGCCCCGAGUGGUGAUGGGUGGGGAAACUGAGGCACGGAACAGUGACGCACCCUAGGGUUGCAGGGACGCAGCAGCAGAGAGGAACCUAGGUGUCCUGAGCCCCCUGUCACCACCUGGGAUCGGGGCUGUGGUGCCUGGUGCUGGCUGGACCCAGAGUCCCCAGGACUAGGACCACGUGGGAAGAAGCUGGACCCAUAGUGAAUGAACUGGGUCAUGGGAGGGUGGGGAAACUGAGGCCCAGGACAGCAACACGCCCAGGGACAUGCAUUGAUACAGCAGCAGAGGAACCCAGACAUCCUGAGCUGCUGAACCAGCACCCCUGCCUACACCCCAGCCCACCCACCCAGAGCCACGCCCCCGCCUCGCCCCCAGUCUGCGCAACCUCAGGGGGACUGGACUGCAGCGCUGGCCGUGAGCUACUCAGGAUGUUGGGGCUCCUUGAGUUGUGUGCACACAGGCCAUGGCCUCCCUGGCUCGAAGGACCCAGCCCUCGUGUGCUGCUGGUGCACAAGAGCGCGGUGAGGAGCAUGGGGCAGUGGGCAGGCGAGAGGUGCACCAGCUGGGCCAGCUGUGGACUGGGUGGGCGGCGGGGGUCAGGACCGUUGGUCAAGUUGGCUUCAGGUUGUCUCAGCUCCCUGGGGCCUGGGCAGCCACGUGAUGGCAAUCCCUGUCAUUGGGCCGGGGUGCGCAAGCAAGAGGGCAGCGCAGGGAGACCAUGCUCAGAGCCGAUGCUGCCCCAGGCGUUGCGGGGAGAGGCGUGGGGCUGGGGGCAGGGGCACUGGCUUUCUGCGGCCCAUGCUGCCUCCUGCUGCCAUGGGGCCAAGGCAGGGACCUCGAGUCCAGCCGCCUACAUUGGAGUCGCGCCAUUGCUUGCCACACGCAGGCACAUGCAGGGGUCAGGGGUCACGGGCAGGAGGUGCCAGCGCUCGUUUAGAGAGAGAGCAGGAGCUGCCAGACUCUGCUUAGGGCUGGAGGUAGGGCCAGGCACCAGCACCCAGGGCUGGGCUGAUGGCAAGAGGACAUCCCUGCACCCAGCACCCCUCACACUGCCCACUGCAAUGCAGGGACCUGAUCCAGCUCGAGGCCCGCAGCAGGGCCGGCCAGGGUUGGGGAGAGGGCAGGGGGCUGUGG